AUGUCUGAAAAGCCAUUGGAUGAUGAAGAUGAGCUUAUCACCAUUGAUACUGAAGCUGAAACUAUGAUCAUGGAUGAUGACAUUGAAAAAUUCAAAAACUAUAUUACACAAAAGCCAAUCGAAGAUAUCAAAAUAAAAAUUCCUGUCUGUAAUGCAUGUUCUUUAAUUGAAGCUUGUGCAUAUUAUGGUUCUGUAAAUAUUUUCAUUUUCCUUAAUUCAUAUAAGAAAUUUGAAAUAACAAAUCAAUGUUUGUACUGUGCAAUUAUUGGCGGAAAUACUGAUAUUAUCAAUGAAUGCUCUAAAAUUUGUCAAAUUAAUUCAGAAUGUUUCAAGGCCGCGUAUUUAUCACACAAUAAUAAAUAUCUUGAAUAUAUUUUCACUCAUGAUUUAAUUGAUUUUGAAAGUUUAACAACCAAAGAAACACGUGAAAUAGCAAAAGCUCAAAAUUUGAAAGCGGUUUUUCUAUUGUAUUUGAAAAAUAAGAACUCAAUUAUUCCAUGGUGUGCAGCAUUCCCACAAACAACAGAAAUUCUUAAAAGUGGAGAAGUUGAGUUGCUAAUUUCUGACACUGAUAAAGAAACACUAUUACAUUAUGCAGCUUUUUAUAACAAUGUUGAGGGUUGUGAAUUUCUAUUGAAUCAUUUUCAUGCAAGUUGUGAUGACGAUGAAUGGCCUCUUCAUAGAGAAAAGAAUCGUAAAGGAAAAACCCCACUUCAUCUUGCUGCACAAAGAAAUAGUAAAGAAGCAGCAGAACUUCUUAUAUUGAAUGGUGCUAAAGUUGAAGCAAAAACCUAUCAACGUGAAACACCUCUUCAUGAAGCUGCGCAAUAUAACAGUAAAGAAACUGUCGAUUUGCUUCUUUCUCAUGGUUCUAAAAUUAAUGCCGAGGAUAAAUUAGGAAAUUUGCCGAUUCAUUUUGCUACAGAAUUUCUUCAUUAUGAUAUGGUAGAAUAUCUAAUUUCUCAUGGUGCAUCAAUAAAUGAACAAAAUGAAUUUGGAGAAACUCCUCUUCAUAUUUCAGUAACUCAUGAAUAUAAAGAAAUAAUAAAUCUUCUUCUUUCGCAUGGUGCAAAUGUUAACACUGAAACACCUGAUGGACAAAGUCCCCUAACAGAUGCCGCCCAAAUUGAUAGAAAAGAUAUUGUAGAACUCCUUAUUGCACAUGGGGCAAAUACAGAAUCAAGGUUAGAUGAGGGAAAAACUGCUCUUCUUGCAGCCAUUGAAAGAAAAUCUAAAGAAAUGGUCGAGUGUCUACUCUCUCAUGGUGCGGACGUAAAUGCUAGUGAUUCGGAUGGAAGAUCAGCUCUUCAUUAUACAAUUAUCUAUAAAAAUUUAGAUAUUGCAAAAAUUCUAGUUUCGCAUGGUGCUAAUAUCACAUCAAAAGAUCAUAAUGGAUUAACUCAAAUUAAAUUUGCACAAUAUUUCAAAAGAAAUGAGAUACACGAUUUUUUGGUCUCAAUUCAAGAAAAACAUCAAGAAAAGUAA